GACCAAGCUCCCGGUGAGUCUGUACGUGUCCCGUGCUCUUCCCCGCAGCCGCCAAGCCCGUUUCUCAUCCGAUCUCUGCGUUCGACCUGCCGCGGCCAAGCCACGCUCGGCGAGCUACGCGCCGAUCUUCGGGGAAAGAGAAUUUCUUUACUUUCCGUGGCGUGAUUAGCCUCUCUACUUUUAUUAACGUUCGAUCAGUGCGUACCGAGACGGGUUCGCGUGCGCGCUAGUAAACGACCAUCGACACCAGAAGUUUCUCGUCGUGAAUCUCGAAGUGGAAGUUAAUCUCGAAGUGGUGUUAAACGUUGUGUGUGCCUCGCGUUUGGAAUUCCGAUACGUGGAUAUUCUAUUCCAAACGCUGUAAGAUUUACGUGCCUCUACACUUUCGACAUCACGCGAGACGUUUUCUCGUUUACGUUUUUAAGGAUUUUGGAAGUAUUGUGUGCUAGAAGAUAAUGGUCUCCUAUGUACGCUCUAUAUAGAAGAUCUGUGAAAAAGUUAGGCAAAAGCUUCUCCAAGCAACCUCCGCCAAAGAAACCUUUAAAAGGAGAUAAUUAAAAAUUCCACGGACUGCAGCUCGCAAAUAACGAAAAAUUGAUACAAAGUUGCUUAUCCGAAGCGAAGAGAAUUGACAAAUAACAAAUUGACAAUUUUGAGAAUUGACGCUGUUUAUUCAUUUAAUUAUUCGUUUAAAGUAAAAAUAAGAAGUAAAAUAACAAUAAUGGAAAAUCACGCAGAGAAACUAGACGAAAGAUUAUUCCAGAGCGAUAAAAUCUAAACAGAGUAUUAGAUAAAAUAAAACAGAGUGUUACGAAUGAUUGGAAUAAUUUUCGAGUAGCAACAAAAGGACACCGUGUCGCAUGAAACGGCCGAGGAAAGAGAACGAAAUCAUUUCGUUCGAGAUCGAACGAAAUAUUCAAGAUCACCGCAGAAAAACGUCGAGCGUGAAACAUGGAAUUAGAACGACGUGGAAAGUGAAGGUCUGAUCACUCGAAAGGAAAAUGGAAUUCCAUAACUGCGCGUCGCUUUGAAUUCCCCGCUGUUGUGUUGCGUGCGCAUACCGCUUUAAACGUGAUUGGGAAAACUCUCGCGUCGGGAAAACGAGGCCUCGCGAUUCUACGGAAUAGAGAUCGUCCCAUUAUGGUAUGCGACAAAAGUAUAAUAGGAUAGACGAAGGAAAAGUAACGUUGGCGGGGAUUCACGUGGGAUUAAUUGCUCCUACGUCCGUUGCGACGCCUAUAUGGAGAAAGCCUCCGAGAUAAUUUCAGGAAGAGCGAUACAAUAUAAAAUCUCCGAGAAAAAUGUCGAAGAGAGAAGAUGAGAAUUACUACCGUGGAACGACUCGUGAAGACUCUGCAGAGAAGAAUUUUUAGUAAGAAAGGAAGAAGAAGAAAAGCGUAUGCGACGAAAUUGUAGGUCGAGAAGAGGAAACCGGAAGUAAGGGGAAUUCCGAAGGAGAAUGCUUUGAAUAAGAAAACCAUCGGACUUGGAGCUUCGUAAAUUUCAAGAAACAAAAGAUUCAGCGAUCGAUAUCGAUUAUAUAAAUCGUAUAAUAUAUUUAUCCGUUUCGUAUAAAUAAUUACGACUUUAUGUAAGCAUAGAUCGAGAGAAGGAACGUUCUCGAUCUUUGUGAUCUAAACGAUAUCGAUGUGACUUUGAGGAAAGUAUACGUAGAAAGUACAUGUAGAAUGUAUGUAGCGACGAUGUGUCUCCGAGGACGUUGAAGAAGGAAAACGUCGGAUUUUAAGACGAGGUUUUCCGAUACGUAAGAAUGGAGAGGAACGAGAACAAUGUGGGUGUCGGUAAUUCCGGGAACCCACCGAAUUCGUCUUCGACGACCACGCACAACAGUAAUCUUCACAACACGUCAGGUGGAACCGAUGCACAGAAUGGAGAUAGAGGAUGGGAGGUCCAUCAUGUCACGGUUACCAGAGUUCCUGGUUAUGGAUUCGGGAUCGCUGUUUCCGGUGGCAGGGACAAUCCCCAUUUCACCAAUGGCGAUCCUGCUAUUGCCAUUUCUGAUGUCUUGAAGGCUGGACCUGCCGAAGGAAAAUUACAAGUGAACGAUCGGAUAAUAUCCGCGAAUGGAAUAUCGUUGGAGGGCGCCGAUUAUGGAGCCGCGAUCCGUGUCCUCAGGGAUUCCGGGUCAACGGUUCUGUUGGUCGUCAAGCGUAGAGCUGCGUCGAAUUCUUCUGGCAUUCUAGGAAACCCUACCCUUCAGAGUCAUCGACUGACUCUGACGAGAAACAAUAAAAAAGAUGAUUUCGGAAUCGUUCUCGGCUGUCGUCUCUACGUGAAGGAAGUAACUCGCGAGAACACGGGAGUAAAACCAGGGGACGUGUUGACCCGAAUAGGCAGCGUAGCCACGGAUAAUAUGAGUCUGAAGGAAGCCAAGAAAUUGAUGGACCAGUGCAAAGACAGAUUAUCGAUUGUGGUAACCCGCGAUAAUUCCUGUUGUCACGCUCAACAGCAAGUAAAGAGCGAAACCGGGGAGUAUCUCUCUGGAACGACGAGUUACAGUAGCCAGAAUUUGUACGUUCCGCCCCCGACGAGGCAGCCUAUCGAGGACAAGAGUAAUCUUGUUCCUAGAGGCCGUACCAGAGGACCUUUGAUGGACGUCUCUCUUAGUCAGUUAGAUCUCCCCGCGACACCUACCGUUGACCCUCCAAGACCACCACCUCCUAGACCAGAAGAUUAUUAUAGCACAAGGAGACAACUCUACGACGAGGAUUUAUCUCGGAAUAAACUUCCAAUGCCAGAUCCUCGAUUUAUAACAUUUCAAAAAGAAGGAUCGGUAGGUGUUCGCUUAAGCGGUGGAAACGAAACGGGUGUUUUCGUGACUGCUGUUCAAGCAGGGAGUCCGGCAUCCCUUCAGGGCUUGCAACCUGGUGAUAAAAUACUCAAGAUAAACGAUAUGGAUAUGAAAGGGGUAACGAGAGAAGAAGCCGUUCUUUUCUUGCUUAGCUUGCAAGAACAAAUCGAUUUAAUCGUUCAGCAUCGACGACAAGAGUACGAUCAAGUAGUAGCUUCUGGCAAGGGUGAUUCCUUUCACAUAAAGACUCACUUCCAUUACGAGCAACCGCAGAAAAGUGAAAUGAGUUUCCGCAGCGGAGACGUAUUUCACGUAGUGGACACGCUGCACAAUGGAGUUGUCGGUUCGUGGCAAGUCUUCCGUAUCGGCAGAAACAAUCAGGAAGUACAGAAAGGAAUUAUUCCGAAUAAAGCUCGAGCCGAGGAACUAGCAACCGCUCAAUUCAAUGCGACGAAGAAGGAACAGAGCGCUAGUGAAAGCAGAGGUAGCUUUUUUAGGAGAAGGAGAAGCAGCCAUAGACGUUCGAAAUCUCUUGGAAGAGAUCACUGGGACGACGUAGUGUUUUCCGACAGCGUUAGCAAAUUUCCUGCCUACGAAAGAGUCAUUCUGAGGCAUCCAGGCUUCGUUAGACCCGUCGUUCUUUUCGGACCAGUAGCAGACCUAGCCAGGGAAAAACUUUUAAAGGACUUUCCUGAUAAAUUCACGUCUCCGCAGAUGGAAAACCAAUUGGACGACAGUGUUGGAAAGAACACGAAAUCGUCCGGUAUUAUCCGACUGAGUGCCAUUCGGGAAGUGAUGGAUCGAGGGAAGCACGCAUUACUGGAUAUCACUCCUAACGCGGUAGAUCGAUUGAAUUACGCGCAGUUUUAUCCCAUAGUUAUCUUUUUGAAAGCCGAAACGAAGCAAAUUAUCAAGGAGAUGCGAGCAGGAAUUCCUAAAUCGGCACACAAGAGCAGUAAAAAACUUUUGGAGCAAUGCCAGAAGCUGGACAAAAUUUGGGGCCAUAUUUUUAGCGCGGUGAUCACGUUGACCACGCCUGAAGCCUGGUACCGGAAAUUGAGGGAACUGAUCGAUCGACAACAACAGGGAUUACUGUGGAUGAGCCAAACCAAGCCGGAAGAAGCACUCUCGGAUGACUUCCUAUUCCCGAUGACUUCUCGCCUCUCCUAUGCUUCCUCCCCGGAGAGUGACUUGGAACUCAGUCCGGCACCAGCUUUACCAGGUGCUCUGGGUGCACCGUCUAGAUUGAAAAGCAGCUCUGAUCCAAGUAUCGCAACGCAAGAUGACAUUGCUGCACCACCACCGUACUCGACCACUUAUCAGCAAUCCUUCGAGCAACCAAAGAGAAGAUCGCAAGGGGGAAUGGGAGAUGGAAAGUACGGAUUCUCGUUGUCAGGUCAAAUCAGUAAUCAAUCAGGUUCACCGGAGUAUCUCGGUGGAUCGUUCGAACCGAGAACGUCUCACCACAGUCCUCCUGAUUUGCCUCCCAGAGUGGAUCGGAAUGCAAAGCCAAACAAUCAGUCAGGACGGAAUACAAUCGGUAGAUCUGCUCAAGAACGGUUACUCAAUAAAACCGAUUCAGUAUUAGAUGUUGCGAAUUACAUAAACGCCACGCCUCAUAAAGCUAACGCUACGUCGUCGCUUGAAAGAACUCAACCAAAAGCGGGAAGCUACGAUAGUAUGUCCUCUUACGAUUCCUACAAUAAUACAAAUGGAAAUGCCAGUUAUGGGGCACCAGGACUGAACACGUCGACUGGUCGAUUGGGUCCCAAUGUACCCGACGAUUUGAAAAGCAGUGGCGGGCCAACGAGAUCACACGAUCCUUACAGAUUCACCAGAUCAACAGCACAACCGAUACCAGGUCACGAUUCACAAACGCGAACCGAUUACGCCAAAUACAGCCGCACAACUGAUUACAAGUCGAUAACACUUCCCCAAAACAAACCUGGAGGAUCAUACAAGCCCAUACCACCUCCGAAACCAAAAAAUUACAGACCACCGCAAACUAACUUGACGCAACAAGAGAAUAAUGGAAACGAUGGAAGUAAUACUCAUCAACACUCGAAGAGUUACUCCAUUGCUACAUCUCAUGUAGAAAGUAAUAACAACGUUCAACGGAAUAGUGGUCAGUACUACUAUAAUAUUCCACCACCGAAUCGUCACGAUUCGAAUCUCGGGAAUUCCCAUCACAACUUGAGCCACCUUUCUACGCCUGCGCACAAUCAUAGUCUGAGUCACACGCAUGCGCAUUGUACUCCGCCGAUAUCAGCGGCUCAUAGUCACAGCAACAGCGCGAGUCAGUUGAGCCUUGGCCUCUCCCAUAACAGAAACAAUGUAAGCCAUAACGGAUACGUUGUGAAUAACGGUCAUAACGUCUCUGCACAAAGUUUCCAAACGAGUCCGGGGCACAACAGAGAACCGAGUGGGCUAGAUCUCGCUGGAAGUAGAGAACAAAGAGGAAGCGCUUUCGAACUCUAUCGCAAACCUGUGCACCAUUAUAACGCGAGUACAUUUCCGACGUAGGACCACGAAGGAUUGGAGUACCAGGAAUUUCGGCACAGAUAUCGAUCGAUCUCUCGUAAGAGGGGGUCUCUAAUCUCGACGAGCUCGUUUAAAAACCAGUUUUGUUCCCAACGAGUCAUUGAACGCAAAUAAAAUUCUACGUAUCAAGAAACAAAAAAAUAUACCAAGAAUACAAAAAUACAAAGAAUGGAGAUACCACGUGCAUAAGUACAAACGAAAUCGAUUAGUCGAUUACAAAAUUGAAUAAUCAAACGAUAAUUAUUAUAUUUGACGAAUGCGCAGAAAACGUUGAAAUAUAUAACGAGCGAAAUGAAAGUUUUCCAUGUAUAAUGAAAAAAAAUAUUGCGGAAACAUUACGUAACGACGAAUUAAAGUGCACGCAACGAGAUAUGCGCGAUGCAGUUAUCUUUUUCAGGCUGUAAACAUUACUGGCGAUUGUAAAAACAUUUCGAUUAAACUACAGAGAAUAUAUUUCUAUAGAGUUUCGAAAAUUUACGAAAUACAUUUCUAGCCCAGAGCGAAAUUAUGUUUAAGAAACAUCGUAGGGAAAAUAUAAAAAUAAAUAUAUAUAGAGUUGAUACUUGUGCAAAUAUUGAUAAGUGAUAAAAGAAUGGAGUAUUUAAACUAAUUUAAAGGAACGUACGAACAAAGUAACGAAACAUGUAAAUCGAUAGCUUCAUGGCAAAGUAAUCAAAUAGCAAGUGGAGGAAAAAAUGUUGACAACGAUGUUACACAAAGGAAAAUCGCUAAAUUUCUAAAUUGUUAAAUAUGCUAGUACAUAGUGACUAAUGAAAUAGGUUAGACAAAG